AUGCUGUGGGGUUCAUGUAAUGAAGAGCUCCGGCGAGCUGAAAGCACAGCCUCCAGCCCGCCCAUCAUUUCGGGCAAUGUUGUCGCCGCUGCUCACUAUCGAAGUUCUGUGGGGCUCCCGCUUGGAAGGCUAAGCCAGUUGAUUCACGAGGCUCUGCCUCAAGUGGCGUUACAGUAUCCUUCACUGGGUCCAGCAAAUGAAAGCAAGGUUUAUUUCUUACAGCUGCAGGAUGACCCAGAAAACGCAGUGGACGCGCUAGUAGAGCAACAGCAGAAUUUGGGAAGUUGGCAGAGCCAUGAGCAAGAUUGGCGGGUUGUGAUUGCAUACAAACCCAACGAAGGUGCCGUGUCGGACGUGAUUGUUUGCUUUGUGCUGCACGGGGAUUCCAAAGAUCCAUUUUGUGGCGGUUUGUCCUUUCAUCGAUCAUUCUUGGCUGCACUCUCACUUGCCGACGAGGCAAAGCCAUCAACUCGGCAAGCCAACCACUACAGCAACCUCACCACAAUACGAACGCUGUUAAAGAUGCCCACAUCUCAUACCAACACCCCAGCAAGCCGGUCACAAAUCAAAACUUUAACAAUCGGGGCUGAGGAAACAACUCGUCUUCUGACUGUUCCUCUCCGCAACAAGACCAAUCUUACCGGUGUCAUUCAAGCCGCUCUUGUGGCAGCAUUGUUUGCUAAUCUGCCCUCGGAGAUCACCACCAUCCACGCCGAGGGCCGUAUAUCACCCCAAGAGCUCCAGUCUCUUGGCGGAGCUAUGCCAGAUCUCAACAGCAUGAUGUGCUUUACACAUCAUAUGACACAUACCAGGCAGGACCUAACGACAAGUGCUGUCUGGUACGAAGCUCGACACAUACACUCUACUCUGAAGACAGAGCUGGCUCGAAAGAAAAGUAGCAAUAGACAUGAUCUUUUCCGGGGCGAAAAAGACCACAUCGUGGAUGAUAUGAAAGACUCUGCUGAAGAAUUUGAGAAAAUCAGCAUCACGGUGUCUAACAUGGGUGAUUUCCGAAAUCACAAGCAGUUUGAUUCCCAACAACAGCAAUGCUGGCAAUUGGGGAAGGUUGUCUGCGGAAGUGAUGGCACUCUUCAAGGUGCUGAUUUGUCAGUCUCACUGGUUGUCGGAGGUGACGGGUGUUUGACUAUAGCAUUUGCUUGGUCGAGUAGUAUUGUCGAGGGGGCGUGGAUUGACCAUGUGAUCGCAACCUUGAGGAAGGUGAUCGGGAGCCUCAUUCACUCCAACGAUGCAGUGAAGGCGAAACAGGUGUCUGAUGUACUUCCUUGGGGAGGAUCAAUGUCACGUCUUGUAUAUCUGGUGAGGGAUCUCAUGCUGGCGUGA